ACUUGUGACUUGUUAACCGGUCACGUUAUCGGAUUGGACCUAGGUUGUAGUCUUCUUAAUGGAACUAUUCAUCCCAAUAGCAGCCUCUUCCAACUCCAUCAUCUCCACACACUAAAUCUUGCUUACAAUGACUUCAAUAUUUCUUCAAUCCCCCCAUAACAUUGGCCGAUUAACGAAUUUGAGGCAUCUCAACCUUUCUCGGUCUUACUUUAGUGGAAAAAUCCCAACAGAAAUCUCAUACCUUUCCAGUUUGGUUUCACUUGAUCUUUCUUCUUUAUUGGUGUAUAGAUUACAACUUGAUCAGACAACAUUUGAAACAAUACUUCAUAACUUGACAAAUCUGGAGGUACUUUCUCUCUAUGCUAUCAACAUCUCAUCUCCGAUACCUGUGAAUAUUUCUUCUUCCUCCUUAAGGUACCUGAAUCUUGAAUUUACUAAUCUGCGAGGUACUUUCACACAAAGCUUUUUCCUUGUACCAAAAUUGGAAAAUCUCAAAUUGGGUGCCAAUGAUCUUCUCAAAGGAGUUUUACCAAAGAUCCACCCGAGCAACACUACUCUAUUGGAGUUGGAUAUUUCUAACACAGGAAUCUCUGGUGAGCUGACUGAUUCAAUUGGCACCUUCAGUUCCUUGAAUAUCUUGAACCUCAAAGGAUGUCGAUUCUCUGGUUCCAUUCCUGAUUCCAUUGGCAAUCUUACACAAAUUAGGUAUUUGGAUUUCAGUUAUAAUCAUUUCACCGGCCAUAUUCCUUCCACAAUCUCUCAAUUGAAGCACCUCACAUAUCUAAGUCUUUCAUCCAACUCCUUUUCAGGUGAACUUCCCGAUAUUUUUUCUAACCUCCAAGAGUUACAUUAUUUAUAUCUUUCUAACAACAGCUUCAUCAGUUCGUUUCCUUCUAAAAUUGUAAGCUUGACACAUCUUGAAUGCUUAGACUUGUCCUACAACUCAAUGAAUGGUACCAUACCAUCUUCGGUGUUUAGCCUCCCUUUGUUAGGUCUGUUGUGGCUCAAUAAUAAUCGAUUUAGUGGACUACCCGAUGAGCUCAAAACAAACCCAACAUUGGUACGCCUGUUUUUAAGCCAUAACCAACUCAGUGGUUCUUUUCCUCAAUCACUUUCGAAUCUCACAAACCUUUCUAUCCUUGACCUUUCAUCGAAUAACAUCACUGUCGAUGAGGGAAAUCAAAUCACUUUCCCUAACCUAAAAGUUUUGAUGUUAUCAUCUUGUGAACUGAAGGAUUUUCCACACUUCUUGACAAAUGUAAAGAAACUUCAGGCCUUGGAUAUUUCUAACAAUAAGAUUUGUGGCCAAAUCCCAAACUGGUUUAGCGGCAUAAGGUGGGACAACUUGUACUACCUAAAUCUUUCGCAUAAUUCUUUAACAGGCCACCUACCAAAAUUUCAUUUCCAUAAUAUAGGGUAUCUUGAUCUUAAAUUUAACUUCCUUCAGGGUCCACUACCUUCAUCCGUUUGUAACAUGAACUAUCUUCAAUCUCUACAUUUAUCACACAACAACUUCAGUAACUCGAUUCCAAGUUGCUUGGGAAGCAUGUCUAGUCUAAAAGUGUUGGACUUAAGAAGGAACAAUUUCACAGGGAGUCUUCCCCCAUUAUGUGCGCAGAACACUUCAUUGAGAACCAUUGUCUUGAAUGGUAAUCAAUUUGAAGGAACUCUCCCUUUCUCGUUGCUCAACUGUAGUAAUUUAGAAGUUGUUGAUAUAGGGAAUAACGCUAUAAAUGACACAUUUCCUGCUUGGCUCGGAACACUUCAACAACUGCAUGUCUUAAUAUUGAAGUCCAAUAUGUUCCAUGGACCAAUUAGUACUUGUCAGACUACAUUUUGCUUUCCCAAGUUGCGAAUUUUUGAUCUUUCGUAUAACCAAUUCAGUGGCUCACUUCCUGCAAAAGUUUUUGGAAACUUCAAGGCAAUGAUUAAAUUAGACACAGGACAGAUCAAGUACAUGGGACCAUCACAGCUGUCAUUGUACCAAUCGUAUGAGGAUUCUGUGAGUUUGGUGAUCAAAGGCCAGGACAUUGAGCUAGAAAGAAUCAGCACAAUUAUGACAACCAUAGACCUCUCGAGCAACCAUUUUGAAGGUGUCAUUCCAAAAACACUAAAGGAUCUCAGCUCACUUUGGCUACUCAAUUUAUCCCAUAACAAUCUCAUAGGUCAUAUUCCAAUGGAAUUGGGGCAAUUGAAUAAGCUUGAAGCGUUAGAUCUCUCCUGGAAUCGGCUCACAGGAAAGAUUCCAAGGGAAUUGACAACAAUGAAGUUUCUAGCAGUCUUAAACCUUUCUCAGAAUCUUCUUAUUGGAUCGAUUCCUCAAGGUCUACAAUUCAACACAUUUGAAAAUGACUCGUAUGGCGGUAACCUUGAUCUAUGUGGUCCUCCUUUAUCAAAGCAAUGUGAAACGAGUGAUCCAUCCCAUGUUCCUCAACCCUUGGAAUAUGAAGACGAGUCAUAUUUUUUUAGUGGAUUUACGUGGGAAUCAGUAGUCAUAGGCUACAGCUUUGGACUAGUUGUUGGAACUGUUGUGUGGAGCCUCGUGUUUAAAUACCGUAAGCCAAAAUGGUUUGUCGAAUUUUUUGAAGGUAUUUAUCCCAAGAAAAUGAGAAGGUCAAUGAAGAGAGCUCAGAGACGACGGACUUAAUGGAAGAAUGCAAGAAUGAACUUUUCUGUUUUUUUAGUUAUCUUUUUAUUGUUUGUAUAUAUGCUUGAUAACAAUAUAAUUGCAUGUGUUAUUUUGUGAA